AUGGAAAUAUCAAGGAGUGACAGCAAGCAGCCCAUCACGCUCACAUUCUUCACCACGGGCACAGUCAAAAUCAAGCACGCGAUGAAGGGCCAACCGAUCACCAAUCGAAACAGCACGAUGCGAAGAUUUCGAUCCCUGAUUGAUCGGCAGUGGUCCGACAGUCUCCCGAUCGGCGUCUUUCUCAUCUCUCACCCCAAUGGCCCUAUUUUGUUCGAUACGGGCGAGUCACCCCAUGUCAACGACCCGGGAUUCAAGCCUUUCUGGAGCCCAAUUGGCAUGUUCAGUACAACGGACAUUGGGCCGGAGGACGGAAUCGUGCAGCAGCUCAAGGCGAAUGGGUUUGAGCCUAAAGACCUGAAGGCGAUAGUGCUCAGCCACCUCCAUGGCGACCACGCCGGUGGGCUUUUGGAUCUGGUCACUGAAGCGCCAAACGUCCCUAUCUACGUAAGCCAGGAUCACUGGGAAGCGUUCGGUAAUAGUCCAGUCUUUGCCACCAUGCAAGGCUGCAAUCCAAGCAGAUGGCCGGACCCGUUCGAGCCUCGAACUCUCGACUUCUCCGAUGGUCCUGUCGGUCCUUGGAAGCAAUCGGCCAAGAUCUCUCCAGACGGACGUAUUGUUGCUGUCCCCUCCCCGGGCCAUGUCCCGGGACACAUGUCUCUGAUUAUCUAUGGAGCCAGCCGUGACGGAAUCGAGACGACGUAUCUCCUCCCUGGAGACGCCACAUACGGCAUUGACGUGCUUGACAAGGAGGAGCCGGAUGGGAUCAACGACGACCCCAUCGGCGCGCUGGAGAGCUUAAAACUGCUCAAAGAAUUCGCGAAGGAGACGGAAGUUGUAGUCUUGCCAAGUCAUGACCCUGACACGCCCCGAUUGCUCAAGGAUCGGGUCAUCUACAAACCGAAACCCAUUUGA